AUGAUUGAGAUUGCCUGUCAGGUCGUGCAUUUUGCCUUGGGCAAUCAGCAGGUUGAUAUAUCACCCAUCGACCAGACAACAGUUGAGGUCAACUGGUCGGAAACAUGUCAGAUGGAAUCGCGCUACGUGGUCUUACCACGACAAGCGGCCGAUGUUUCAAAGGCAAUGCGCGUUAUAAGCUUCUUGGGUACCAAGUUUGCAGUUCACAGCGGAGGCCAUUCUCCUAACCCGGGCUCGUCCAGCAUCGGCAGCGAGGGUAUUCUCAUCGAUUUGCAGAGAUCGAGGGCCGUCUCCCUAUCUUGCGAUCGCUCCGACGUCACUGUCGGCCCCGGUCUAUGCUAG